CGCUGUAGCGCAGCGCGGCGCCGCCAUCCUCCCUCGCUCCGCCAUGGCGGCUUUGCCUCGCCAUCGCCGCUUUUUGGGCGGCUUCGUCUGCGGGGCCGCGGCGGGUGCUGCCGCUUCGUGCUGGGCAGCCUGGCGGCUUCUCCGGAGCCAGAGCCAGCCGGAGUCGGCCCCCGAGCGGGUCCUGCCGGAGGAACCAGUAGAAGACUCCCUGCUGGAAAAAUAUGGAUUCCCUGAAGCUGGAACAGAGACCAGAUGUUACACAAAUCAUGCACUGUCUUAUGAUCAGGCAAAACGCGUGCCUAGAUGGGUGAUUGAACAUAUUUCAAAACAGAAGACACUGGGCAAUGCAGACCGAAGGCACUGUAAAUUCAGACCAGAUCCUAACAUCCCUCUAAUGUUCAGUGCCGUCAAUGAAGACUACCUUGGGAGCGGGUGGUCGCGAGGACACAUGGCACCAGCAGGAGAUAACAAAUUUUCAACAAGAGCUAUGGCUGAAACAUUUUAUCUCUCUAACAUUGUGCCUCAGAAUUAUGAAAAUAAUGCUGGAUUUUGGAACAGAAUGGAAAUGUACUGUCGGGAAUUGACCGAGAGAUUUGAGGAUGUUUGGGUAGUUUCUGGACCUCUGACCUUGCCUCAAACAAAUGAUGAUGGAAAGAAGAGUGUUACUUACCAGGUAAUAGGAAAGGAUGACGUAGCUGUGCCAUCCCACCUCUACAAGGUGAUCCUUGCCAGACGGACCAGAACUUCGACAGAACCCUUGGUGCUGGGGGCUUUUGUGGUGCCAAAUGAUCCCAUAGGCUUCAGUCACCAGCUGACUGAGUUCCAAGUAAACAUUGAAGAGCUGGAAAAAAUGGCAGGUUUAGUUUUCUUCCCCCAGGUGGACAAAACCAGAGAUGUUAAAAAUAUCUGUGAGGUGGACACCUGUAAACUGAUAGGCUUCAAGGAAUUUACCUUGUACAUCACUACUCGAAAAGUGCAGAGUGCCCGUACGUUGCACCGGUUGGAGAAAGCCAUGUCAGAGUUAAAGGAGGCAGGAAUUGAGCCUGAUGAAUAUCUCCUAAAGCUUCACAAGAAGAAGGAGGAAGAACUACUGCAGGAAAAACAAACAGCAGCUAGAGAGGGGAAAGCUGGCUGAGUACUUCUUUAGGAAGAUGCUUGGUGUUUGUACUUUGAGAGGGGAGCUGAAGGCAAACAAAAACCAGGGCUUUAUAAAUGAUCCUUUUCUGAAUUGUGGAAACAAUAAAGAAACAUUUGGAAGAUGAUGGGUUUGGAAUAAUGUUCAUUCUUGUGUAACACAAUGCCCACACAUGGCUUGCUGCAGUAUUUAGAUGUGGGAAAUGAAAAUGACCCCUUUUUGGCAUGAAUAGAUUACAGGACCUCCAGAAAAGGCUUUGUGCUAUUUUCCAAGCUGGACGUCAGACUUGGGGUUUGUACGGAAUCCCUUCUAGGAAUAUUAUAAAAAUAGACAGUAGACACCUUGGGAGUAUAGCGGGAACAUGUCUAAAUGUAAUUCAGCCUGCAAUUGUCUUUCAGAAUGAUGCUGUAGAAAUGGGAGUAGUUUCUGGGAUUUUUUAAAAUUAAGUUAAUUUAGAAAUACUUAACACAUUUAGUAGAGGCUUGUAAGGCAUAAUCUGAAUCCCUUACAGUCUUUAGUUAGUUGUGGUAAACAAAACACAUUGUCUCUUACCUCUGCUGACCUUGCAUGCUUUGGAUACCGUAGCAUGUCAGUAGCUGUCAACUGUUGUCAUCUGCAACAGGCUUCUUCCCGUAGAAUACUGCAAAUUUAAAAAAGCAAACCAAAACAGCUGAGGCAGAGUUUACACAAGUUGCUGCCAGCGUAGAUUAGGUCUUCGUAAAUUAAUGUAAGAUAUUUCACUUUUACCACUAAGUUUGGAUAGAUGUGUUUUGUUGCUUAUUGUUUGAUAUGAGAGGUUAACGCUGCUCUUUUCAUUUGUGGUGGUCACUCGCUGGCUUUUUGCCCAGCAUCAUAGGCUUUGGUCUGUCAGCUUUGCAACAUGAAAGCAGAUUGACUAUAAAUGUAUUUCCACUUCUGUUCCAGCUGCAGCUGAAGUUGCUCUGAUUUUCACCUUCUUGGGAGAUUUUAAUAAAUUUUUUCAUUAGUUUUGCACUG